CUGAAAUGUUAUGCACACAAAAGAAAUAAAAAGACAAAACUAUUCAAAAGAAAUGACUAGUCAUUAAUACUCUCAGUAACAAAGAAUUUUAAGAAAAGAAGCGAGAGAGAGAGACCUAGUAGUUUCAAGAAUCUCCCCAUAGAAGAAAAAGACAAUCAUUAAAUAUCUCGAAUUCUGUGUGCGCCAAUAAUAUUCUCCAAAGUCUAAACCAUCAAACCGGUUAUUAUAUACAUAUAAAUUAGACUACCGUAAUCAAUUUCUACUUAGAGAUCAUCGAGAGGGCAAGAGAGAAAAAUGGGAAAGGCACGUACGGUGGGAGUGGGAAUGGACUAUUCUCCGACGAGCAAAUUAGCUCUCCGGUGGGCGGCGGAGAAUCUCCUUGAAGACGGCGACACCGUCAUCUUGAUUCACGUCCAACCACAAAACGCCGAUCAUACCCGCAAAAUCCUCUUCGAGGAAACCGGUUCACCGCUAAUUCCUUUGGAGGAAUUUAGAGAGGUUAAUUUGUCUAAACAGUAUGGACUUGCUUACGAUCCUGAGGUUCUUGAUGUUCUUGAUACUCUCUCUAGGGCUAAAAAGGUGAAGGUUGUAGCAAAGGUGUAUUGGGGAGAUCCAAGGGAGAAACUUUGUGAUGCUGUCGAAAAUCUAAAACUCGAUUCCAUUGUUCUUGGCAGUCGAGGUUUGGGUUCUCUCAAAAGGAUCUUGCUGGGUAGUGUGAGCAAUCAUGUGGUGACAAAUGCAACAUGUCCUGUCACAGUUGUUAAGGCUAAUUAAAGUGUCUCUUGUUCUUUAAUUGGACCCAGUUAAUAACAUUAGUAGUUACGUGUGUCACUCAUGCAUUGUUUUGACAUUUAUACGUUUGUUGCCUUCUACAAAUUUGUGUGAAACUGAUUGGUACUGUUUCAUUAAUAAAUUUCAGUUAAAUGAUAUUUACUCUCUUUUUGUUUGUGAUUUGUGAACGUUACGUAAAAAUCACAAAAAAAAAUAAUUAGUUUUUCUAAUUCAUUCAUGAAAAAUCUUCGUGGACUAAACAAAAAAGAUGUGAAAAAACAAUCCCCAUGUUUGAUCCAGAUUAAUUCGAUCCGUUAAUCAAAAGAUGGUCUUAAUGAGCAUAAUUCGGGGAUAAAGUCGAAUAUAGAAAUAGUUGUUGAAAAGAGAAAUGUUUGGAUUGAAUCUUGUCAGCUUGAUGUGUGGUUGAUCACAUGACCAAUCUAUGUAUGGAAUAUGGAUGUCGUGUGUGCUGAUUCAUUCAGAUAUGACAAGUGGUGGAUGGGAUAAUUCACGAUAUGGGCCAGAUUAUGAGUUUGUUUUAACUUGAAUGGCAGGCCGAAUCAUAAUGGAUUCAUGAUCAUUAUGUUUGAUCAUAGCCUAGUUGGACUUGUAUCCCUAGAUCAUGAUCAAAGUGGGCUUAUAAACAUGGCCGAGAUGGGUAGUUCUAAAUCAAUUUGUUGGAUCAGAAGAAAUCAAGAAAGAGACAGUCGUUGGAGCUUUUCUGAUCUGCUUUUGGAUGAUCACCCAUUAGAUUGAAAAUUAAAUUUUUCAUUCUCCGCUCGAUGGCUGAUUUGUAAACUUGUUCCUUCAUGAUAGAAAUUUAUGGGCUAAAUACAGAAAGUGAACGUUAGAAUUUGGUUUUGGGUAGAAGAACAACUAUCAUAUGAUUAAAGAUUAAUCAGAUGAUCUAAAGAUAGUUUUGGUGAGUACAGUUCGGAAAUAUAGCCGUUGAUGCAUGAUGUGUGACUUUCAAAAAUAGAAAUAGCCGUUGGAUUUAAAUUUAAGGUCAAUGAACAACUGUCAGAUAUGCUUAAAAUUAAUCUAAUGAUCCAAGAAUGGUUUUGGUCAAUACUUCGAGUAUAUAUAGUUGCUGGUACGUGAUAUGUGACCUUGCUUCAAAUAUAAAACGAGCCGU